AGGUGCUCAAAUAAUAUCGUGCAUUCCUUAAAUCUAUCCUGACAGAAGAACGCCCAACAGUCAGGAAUAUCAGGAUCGAGUUCUUUUUUUUAGGGGAAAACAAUAUGGAGGAAAGAGUGUUUCCGUUGGUGUUGCUGACUUUGUGUGCUGUAUUUCAGCGAAGUUUCGUGUCUGCUGAAAGAUCGUCGUAUGAAACAUUCCAACUGCGUCAAUUGGAAGCUGACUUCACGUCGCAAAUUGGCUCAGAAAUCCAUAAUCAUGUUCUGUUGGCGGAAACCGGUGUUCUUCUGCGUCCUGGAGAAACAAACGGAAAAAACCUGAAAAAUGCGCUAAAAUUGACGGUCGAGGAUUUAAAUACGAGGCCACACCCGGAAUCAGAGGACGGAGUGGAUUUCGAGUUGCGAUUCAACCUUGUUCUUGAGUUUUGGCAAAAAGGAUGCAUCUACCCGCCGGUCGGUCAAUUGACGGUCGCGCACCUGCCGGUCGUCAAGCGCCGGUCGGUCCAACCGCCAGCCAGGGCAGUUCUUGGCCUCCCCAAUCCCCAGCCCACCAAACUGCGGUUUGGUCACCCGAUUGUCGGGGCACCCAAACAAUCGGGAUACCAUUCUGCUUACCAAAUUCUAGAAAGAAUCAGCAUGAUUCUUCUCACCAAAUUGUUCCGGUGCCCCAACAAUUGGGUGACCGAACCGCGGUUUGGUGGACUGGGGAUUGGCGAGGCCAAGAACUGCCCUGGCUGGCGGUUGGACCGACCGGCGCUUGACGACCGGCAGGCCGCUUGGUCGACCAGCAAUAACACAACGACGCCAAAAACCAAGGCAUGUUUCAAAAAAGGAAAACUCGCAUGCGUUCAGGACGAUGAGAUUUCGAACGUCAAAAACAACGAGCAGCAGAUGCUUGAAUUAGAUCAAUUGAAAUCCGCACGAAAGGUCCCCAAUUGUGACUCGGCACCUUCUGACCGGAACGAACAAGAGGACGACGGAACCGACGAUGAAUCUGAAAAUUCGCGUGCGAUAAUACUGAGUCCACCCAUGAUGGCUAGAAAUUCGCAGAAAGUCCAGGAAUUGCUCGUCUGGUGGACAAAGUAUGAUGAAGACGAAAAAAUCAAUCAGGACACCACAUCGAAGUUGAACGUCGGACGCAGAAAUUAUUCUCCGUCCUUCAAACCGACUUUCGUCAUCACGCCCGUGGUCAUGAAGAAAUCGUCCAACAAAGAAAAAAGGAAUGAUGAUGAUGAUGAUUCUCUGGACAAAAAAUGCGCAAACGUAGAAAGGCUUUUGAAAGAUUCCGGAAACUUCAUCCGCUGUCCAAAUCUUGAAGGUUGCAUCCGAAGUGCCUUUUUUUGCGACGGGCAUUUCAACUGCGCCAACAAGGAAUUGCUGAACUAUGACGAAAGUUACUUGUUUUGUCGUAAGCAUUUUUAUGCACAGUAUUUCAUAAAAAUUCCUGCAUCGGAUAAGUUCGAAACUGUCUAA